CAGGAGUGGGAAUUAACUCAUGCAGAAGGUCCGAGUGGGUCAAGUGCAUACAUGGUCCAGACAGACAAGGAAGAAAAUAUGCACAAAGACACCUCUAUGGGGCGUCCAACCUGACAGAGUCCCAUGCUUAUGAGAAUGAAAUCAGCCAGCCCGUCCCACGCGUACAUACGCACGCGCACUCAAACGCACACGCACACACCGGCAUUCAAUAAAAGAGAAUUGCAUGGAUGCACCCUUGUCGGAGCCACGCAGGCAGGCUUGGUCACUGCACGACGCCGCCCGUACUCCCUUCGUCAGUGCACAUCAUCCAUUACUUGAACGCGGUCAGCACAAACGACCGCUUCGCCCAGUUGAUGACCGGGGACCAGCGCAGCUGCUGCAGCGCCAUCAUUCCCAGCACGUUGACGCCCGCGAAGUGUCCGUGCGACCGCGAAAACUGCACAUCGGCACCCUCUUCAAUUCGCACCAACAUGCUUCGCAGCAUGCUGCCGUCGGGGUACUUGCCCGCGCCAAGCGCCUUCAU